AUGUCUGGAUUACCUCCUCCACCAAUGGGCGGCCUUCCUCCACCACCAGCAAUGGGAGGUUUGCCUCCACCUCCUUCAAGUGGAUUUGGUGGUUUACAGCCACCCCCAGGAUCUGGAAUGGGCGGAUUACCACCUCCUCCUUUAGGAACAGGUUUUGGAUCCGGCCGUGGUUUACCACCACCACCAGGCUCUGGAUCUGGUUUACCACCACCUCCUGGCGCUGGAUUACCACCUCCUCCAUCAGCAGGAAGCGGAUUACCUCCUCCACCUUCUGGUGGUCUUCCUCCACCACCAGCAUUCGGUUCUAACCGUGGUUUACCACCUCCACCAGGUGCAACAUCAGGAUUACCUCCACCUCCAGGAAAUUCCGGAUUACCACCUCCACCAAUGAGCACCGGACUUGGCUCAGGAUGCGGAUUACCACCAGCUCCACUUGGUACAGGCCUUCCACCAUCAGGAAGUGGCUUACCACCACCACCAGGCGCCGGAUUACCUCCUCCACCAGCUGGAUCAUUUAAUUCAAGACCGAUUGCUGCACCAAUAUCUACAGGUCUUCCACCACCGCCAAGCUCCGGCCUUCCUCCACCUCUAAUGAGCAAUAGCUUAGCAUCAAGUGCAAAUCAACCAGCUCCAAUCGGAACAUCACUUCCUACAGGCCCAAGUGGUUUACCACCACCUCCACCAGGCAAUAUGAUGCCUCCUCCACCAGCAUCUAACUUCCAAAGUGGAAGAAUGGCGAUGACACCUCCACCAAACAUGAUGCCACCACCACUAGCAUCAAGCUUCAAUACAGGAAUGGGAAUGGCCCCUCCACCACCUUCAAUGGCAUUCCAGAGCACUAUGAUUCCACAGAAUCAGACAAUGGCCUUCCAAAGCCAGAUGAUGACAAGCCAGGCACCACCUCCACCUGUUACAAUGUCAAUGGGAUUCGGAGGAGGCUCACAAUUUAACAAUGCAAACUUCAAAGACGAUGCUCCUGAAUCUUCUCUUCUCAAGACAUGCAAAGUUUGCUCAAAGCCUUGCAAAAACAAGUAUCUUUACGCUUUCGGAAAUUGCUACUGCCCAACUUGCCUCAAAUGCUACAAAUGCCAAAAAGUUUUACAACCACCUGAAUGCGUCAUGUACAAAGAGCAACCAAUAUGCCUCGGAUGCGCAAAAAUCAAUGGUAAGCUCAACAGAUGCCCAAUUUGCACAGAUUUCCUCGACGAUCCAGAUGAUAUUAUUAAUCUUAGAGAUCUCAACCUUACAAUCCACAAAGAUUGCUUAAGAUGCUACGAAUGCGGCACAAAGUUAAGCGAAAGCAACUACCACGUCGUUAUGAACCAAUUUUGCUGUGAAAGUUGCAAACACAUCGCAGCUCACAGAUCCUGCAAGAAAUGCGACAACCCAAUUCUCGGAAGAUACGUUUUCGACAGAACCCACUACUUCCACGUCAAAUGCUUCACUUGCUACGAAUGCGAUAAGCAAUUGAACGGAAAGAACUUCGUUGUACACCAUAACAGGUACUACUGCCCAGAACAAGGCAUCAGAUACCUCAAAUCUUGCUCAUACUGCAAAGGCGAAAUCAGUUUAACCGAAGUUAAUAAAAUCAGGUGGCAAAACAAGUUCUACCACAAACGUUGCUUCUGCUGCCGUAUUUGCGGUCGUCAACUACAGCCUGGUGAAGCAAUCUGCGCUCACAACAGGCCUCAUUGCAAGAGAUGCUACGAUCAGCGCGUGAAAGAAGGAGAUGUCACAGAAUCAGGUCGUACUCCAUCUAACCAUAACCACCGCCAUAAGCCAGAAGUUUCUGCACAGCAAAGAGAGAGAUUCCGCAAGAAAUUCGAUGACGAUACAUUUUACAUGCCAAGAUACGCCAACCAAGUUGAAGAAGUUGAUGCAGAAUUAUUUGAUAGUGAAGAAGAACACCGCAGCUCCAAGAAACACAAGCAUUCAUCAGAUUCUGGAGAAAAGAAGAGCUCUCACAAGUCUCAUGGAAGUAGAAGAGGCCACGAGAGCCACAGAGGACACAAGAAAGAGUCAAGUAGCGAAGAUGAUGAUAGCAGUGAAAAGAAGGAAGAAAGUAGCAGCAGCCAAGAGGAAAGUAGUAGCUCUGGCGGACAUAAGAAGAGAAGUCAUAGAUCUCAUAGGCAUUAA